GUCAACAGGAUUGUAACUUUAAGGCCAAGAAAGUUUUGAAGAUUGUUUGUUGCUUAACCUGUGGCCAAAGAAGUUGAGAUUCUGAGGUUUAUAAAGAGCAAUGUUUCCGUUAGCAUAAACAUAUUCUAUAAUGUGUGAACGAAGCCAGAAACUGGUUGCUAGUCAUCUACACAAUUGAUAUUUUGAGAGUAAACAUUUAAGAUACAGAAAAAUGGCUGAAGCAAGUAAAGAUAAAAUUGUUGCUGGAGAGAAUAUUUUAAAUAUGCCAGAGUUUCAACCACAGAAUGUAAAUGUACAUCAAUUUUAUCCUGAACUUGCUCACAACUUUGACCAGAAUUCAACCAAGUUUCUCAAAAAUGGUAAAGAAUCAAAAGUAACUGAUCCCUGUGAGGAUGUUGAACAAGAAGAACUUGAUGCAGAGUAUGGGACGUCUGGACCAUUAGUAACAGUGGAAAUAAAUGAUAACAAUUCUGCUGAUAAUGAUCCUCAACCUGACUUUGAUGCAGAAGAAGAAGAAGAAGCUGGUGUGUUUCCAACUGCUGUUGAUGAAGAGACCCUUGAUGCUGCAAAAGCAAGGCAGAAGAGUAUUUUCACAACAGAAAAUUGGCAGAGUCCAGUCAACCAAAUUAAUCCAGGCAUGCAAGAAAUUAUUGAUGAGACCAUGCAACAACAUUUAGACCAUGCUGUGCAACUGAAAGAAAAUGGGGAGCAUCAAGCAGCCCUGCUCUUCCUGAACAAGGCUAUUAGUCUGGUUCCAAAUAACCCUGGGCUGUAUGUACAAAGAGCAGAGAAUUAUAUUCAGCUGUGUGACUUUCAAUCAGCCAUCUUAAAUUUGAAGAAGACUUGUUUACUAGAUCCUCACAAUGACGACUGUUAUGUUCAACUGGCAUUUCUAUAUUUCUUCGAAGGACAAACAUUGUUUGAUAAGCAGUUAUAUCCUGAAGCACUGGAGUCUUUUUCCCGUGCAGCGGAGAUGCAACCAAACAAUAUUGGCUACCACAUUAGAAGCAUAUCGUGUUUAGCUGCUCUCCAGCGACAUGGAGAAUGUCUGGCUUUGAUCAACAAGAGGCUGGAGAUAGACAGCAGCAAUCCAGAUCUCUAUAUCAUGAGGGCUAGACUCCACGAGAUGUUCAGAAAUACAACACUAAGCUAUUAUGAUGUCAAGGAUGCUCUGACAAUAAAUGAUAAUCACUUUGAGGCAAAAGAAAUGAUGUCAAUGUUAGAAAAACGAGCUGCGGAUUAUAAAUCACAAGCCAUGAAUCUCAGUGUUCUGGGCAAGAACAGAGAAGCUUUGCAGAAAAUAUCUGUAGCAAUAGAAACAAACCCAGCUGUGGCAGAUUUUCACGUGCAUAGAGGAGCUCUUCACCGUAAAUUACAUGACUUUAAUGCUGCCAUUGAUGACUUCCUUUUGGCUUUGGAUAAGUGUGAGCACAAUGAAGAGGAUCCUGUGUAUUCAGAUGCCCAACGUCAGUUGCUUCUCACUUACAACGACUUUGCUGUAGAGUGCUUUCAGAAGUCCUUUUAUGACGAGGCAAUCAUUUUGCUCAAUAAGGCCAUCAAGGGAGAAAAAAAUGAGAAGGGGCUCUACGUAAAUAGGGGAGAUUGUUUUUUUAAGCAGAAUGAACUGAACUUUGCCUUACAAGAUUACCAGCAAGCUCUUGAACUGGAUGCAUCUGAUUUAGGGGUGAAGGCCAGAAUUGCAGUCGUUCAACAUGAAUUUGGAAUUGACAACUAUCAAAAUAAAAAUUAUGUUGUUGCUCAAACAAAGUUCACACUUGCCAUUCAGUAUAACCCACGAGUUGGUCAGUUCUAUAUUUCCCGUGCACGGACCCGCUACAUGAUGGAGAACUCAGAUGGUGCCAGACAGGAUUUGGUAAUGGGCUUACUGCUAGAUCCAUCGAAUGAAGACAUUGUCUCAAUUCUCUCACGUCUGUUUCCUGGCAAGUCGGUGGCCGAUGUCAUUGAUAGCCCUGCAGCGGCUGGAGCCCAGAGAGCAUUGCACAACCUUGUGUCCACCGUCUCCCCAGUUAGAUUGCAGCCUCUCCCAGCUAACAGGUCUGAUGAGUUUGAUGAUCAAUGCAACACUGAAGCCAGUUCACCAACACAUGACUCGCCUGUUGUUGAAAUAAGCAGAGGGUUAUCAUCACUCAAGUCGUGUAUUACUGAUAAGGAUUUUAACCUCAAGUUUAUUAAUCAGAAGAAAAAGGCAAACUACCAGGUGAAAGAUGCCUUGUUGAACAGAAAACCACUGAAAAACACACAUCCUCGGAUUCAGCCUUUACCUCCAGCGGUUCAGUCAUCAGAAAGAAGUGAUCAAAAACCUGGUUCAUGGAGGACGUUUAGUCUUGGCAUUGGAAUAAAAUAACCAGUUGAAUGUGGACCAUGUGAAGCAGUUGGUAUAACUGUCUGCUGUAAAAGACUUAAUUACUGCUUUUUAAUCAAGAACAAACAAAUGCAUGUUAUUUCAUCUAACUACCGGUACUGACAGAGGUUUGUGUAGUUUGUACUCCAUCCUCGUCAUCUGUGUUUUCACCUACCUCCAGUCAGCUAUAGAACUUUGUCUUCAUUAUGUGAAUGCAAUUUUGUGUGAUAUUUUAUGAAGAUUUUUAUUUACAUUAAAGUAACUUUUUUUAUCAGCAAGAAUAUAUGGACAGUCUUUGUUUAAAGGCAAGCUUUCUUGAGAAAAUAUCAGCCAAAUCAGUAAUAUAUUUCUAAGUUUUUUUAUAUGUCAGCAAUAUAUGUUAUGUUUGCAUGUAUUGAAUUUUAAUUUUUGGUGGUCAACAUGAAGGGUAUAUCAAUUGUGAGUUACAAUUUUUGAUAUAGUAACUACUGUAAAUCGAGUUUCAAACCCUGAAAAUAUUAUUUUACUGACCCAUUUAUAAAGCAACCCACAAAAAGGCCUAAAAUAGAUUGAGUUAUUUUAUUUUCAACAAUGAAAAUAAUAACUGGAUAAUGUGUCCAGUUUCUUCAAUAAAUGGAAUUACUUUAAAUCAGGAAAGGUUAGUGAGCAUGAAAUAUUAGCAAAAAUUUAGAGAGUCCAUACAAAAUACUAAUAGUUCAUGAUGCUAAAGAGACUGUUCUGAAAAACGUUUGUGCUAUUGUUUAGUGUUUAACUGAAUUAACAUACACCAGUGGUUACAUGAUAUUGAUGACAACAAUAGUUAGCAUGCAUAUUACUGCAAUUUUCUACUAAAUUUAAUUUUCUGUAAGUUACCUAAUGUCAAGAUAUAUCAAAAGUAUUCUUUCAGCUGAUCAAAGAACUCAAGCUUAUAAUUUGUUAAUGUCUGAUAAAGCCAGUUCACUAAUAUGUCACUACUUUGGAUUUUGCUAAAUUUUAAGAUUGCUAAUAUUUUAUAAUUUAUAGUACUUAGGAACUUUAACUUUGUACAUCAAGUCUUUUUAAUCAAGUCUCCUAACAGCAAGAGAGAAUUAUAUAUGUCCUUUAGUGGAUGGUGAACACUUUUUAUAGCACUGUACAGUAUGGUAUAUUGUGCACAGACAGCAACUUUACUUACUAACAAAUUAUAAUGAUUAUAUUCGGACAUAAAUCUGACAACUUUUAACAGCCAGGUGUUUUGUUUUUGUUUUGUUUUUUGUUUUUUUAAAUAAAAUGUAUCAAUUGACCCCAGAAAGCAAAUAUGAUACUGCCAAGGUUGAGUCCCUAGCUGAUGUCACUACUUUACUGGGUUAUAAACAUUGUACAUAAGUGAAUAAUAAGAAGACCUUAUGUGAGGAUUGAGAUCUCCUAAUCAUGUUUUUUGUAAUAAUGACAUUCAAGACAAGUCAAUGGUUCAUACAAAUGUUAGAUGUGUUCAUUAGUCAAGCUUAAUCAUGUUCAAUGUAUGCUUAUUAAUGGCACUGAAAACAACCUAUAACUGUGUGCAUCAAAUUAUCUGAAUAGUACUUACUGUAAUUAAAAAAUCAAUUGCAUCAGAGUAUAUCAUAAAGUGGGCUAGUUAGUUUCAUAAUUAUGUUUCCAAAGCAAUCCCAUGAAAUGUUUGAAUAAUUUUAUUCCUGACAGGAACAAGAAGUCAGACUGAUCAUAGAAGUCAGACUGAUCAUAGAAGUCAGACUGAACAUUCAAUUAGAAGAAUUUUAUUUUAAUUGGAUUAUUGGUUAAUUUUUGCAACAUAUGUCACUACAUUUAUGAAUUACUUCAUCAAUUAAUAAUACUUGGUUUUCACUCACUGUAACAUGUUGAAGAGUGAGAUUUUUCCAUCGCUGUAACAUGUUAAAAAAUGACAUUUUCACUCACCUGGGUUCUUCAAAAACUAGGGUCUGAACCACAUAUAAUAAUGUAUAAAUACAACAGUAAUAAUGAACCUGGAUAUAUGGAAACAAAGAGUUUUAAUACAUAUGGAGUUAACAGAGAAGCUGGAAAUAAAAAGAUAAAAAAUAUUAAAUGGAAGGAAGGAAAGACAGAAGGAAAGAAUAAAUUUUGAAAUAGAAA